AUGGCAAUGAAGCAAAUAAUUUUUGCUAUAUUAUUUGGAGUUAUUCUUCUGACAAUUUCGGUCUCAUCAACCCCUCUUAGAAAGGAAGAUACACUUUUUUUUGAUUGGACAAUCAAAACACAUAAAUGUGAUCUUGAUAAAUGUGGUGAACGGCCAGUUAUACUUGUAUAUCCUACCUACGAUAAAAACAAUAAAGAGAACACGCCUAAAUGCAUUAAAUUUCCUGCGCCAACUAUUAAAGCGAGACCAGGACAACAUAUUCAAGUUUUAAUAAGAAAUAAACUUGAUGAACUGACUGCAAUCCAUUGGCAUGGACUUCUUAUAAGGAAUACAAUUUUUUCAGACGGUGUUCCAGCCGUAACUCAGUGUCCAAUUCAGCCUGGGACUUCAUUUUUAUAUGAUUUUUAUGCAAAUGAUCAUUCUGGUACUCAUUGGUAG